CCAGAUAUGUGUCCCCGUUUUCAUUGGAGAAGGCCUUUUGUAUUGCUCAGUUACCAAAUUUCCCAUGAGCCGGUAGAGUACAAGUUUUCAAAAGACUCAUCAGGGGCCUGUCAGCGUCUGAGGUAAAAGAAUCCGGAAAGACAAGGACUUUAGUUGGAGUUGAUGAUGCUCCCGUUCCCUCUCCUCACAGUACUCUUGGUGCAGCACAGCCAAGCCCGGACCCACUCUCUGAGAUAUUUUCGUUUGGCUGUUUCGGAUCCUGGUCCCGGAGUCCCUGAAUUUAUCUCUGUUGGGUAUGUGGACUCACAUGCUAUCACUACAUACGACAGCGUCACUGGAAAGAAGGAGCCAAGGGCUCCAUGGAUGGCAGAGAACCUGGCACCUGAUCACUGGGAGAGGUACACUCAGCUGCUGAGGAGCUGGCAGCAGACAUUCACGGUGGAGCUGAAGCAUCUACAGAGGCAUUACAACCACUCAGGGCUUCACACUUACCAGAGAAUGAUUGGCUGUGAGUUGCUGGAAGAUGGUAGCACCACAGGCUUUCUCCAAUACGCAUAUGAUGGGCAAGACUUCAUCAUCUUCAAUAAAGACACCCUCUCCUGGGUGGCUGUAGAUAAUGUGGCUCACAUCACCAAGCGGGCGUGGGAUGCCAAUCUGCAUGAGUUGCAAUACCAAAAGAACUGGCUGGAAGAGGAAUGCAUUGCCUGGCUGAAGAGGUUCUUGGAGUAUGGAAAAGAUACCCUAGAAAGGACAGAGCCUCCUGUGGUAAGAACGAGUCGGAAGGAAACUUUUCCAGGGACUACAACGCUCUUCUGCAGAGCUCAUGGCUUCUACCCACCAGAAAUUUCCAUGACGUGGAUGAAAAAUGGGGAAGACAUUGCCCAAGAAGUGGAUUAUGGAGCCGUGCUUCCCAGUGGGGAUGGAACCUAUCAAAUGUGGGUGUCCGUUGAUCUGGACCCUCAGAGCAAAGACAUUUAUUCUUGUCAUGUGGAGCACUGUGGCCUCCAAAUGGUUCUUCAGGCCCCUCAGGAACCAGGAAGAAUUCUUCUAGUGGUGAACACGGUCUCUGGGACCAUAAUCCUCACCAUUGUCCUGGCUGGAGUUGGUGUUCUGACCUGGAGAAGGUUCCGGCGUGAGAGGCAUGACACACUGUAGGGGGUG